ACCCGAACGGGUUCUACACCUCUAUACCGAAAUACCCAAAAAUUCGAAAUACCCGAUCCGAACCCGAACGGGUACUCGAACGCCCACCCCUAGUCAAGAGUUUAAUUAGUGAGAUUAUGGACCCAAAACUAUAUGUGAAUUAUCUUGUUUACGUACAAAUAUUACAAUAAAAUGUUUGGACCGUCCGUAGGGCCAAAACACAUUUCUGAUAAGUGAUUUGAAUGUCGUCUAGGAGCUAAACACAUCUCAACAAAGUGAACCGUAUGCAAGUGCAUAUCUGCGGGCAUAAACUACUAGUUAGCUCGAAUGCUUAUAAGGAAUUUAAUGGCCCACAAGAGUGCAUGUAUAAUUAAAUACGAAUAGCCAAUAUCUGAAUAGUCUUAUAUGGCCCACGAUGCACAUCAACCGGCAAUAUUGCCAUUCUUUACUUGAUUAAUGAGCUUUUAAAUUUGAAACUGCUCCAUUGUGUCUGGUGUUCACUCUAAGCUGAAGAAACUCUUAUCACCUACCCAGUUUUAUAAUUAAGAAAUUUCGGAUCUUCAAUACAUAUUUAUAUAUAUAUAUAUAUAUAUAUAUAUAUAUAUUUUCAGCACAUAUAUAUUCUUUUAAAUUUAGAAUCAAAAAUUUAUAAUACAUGUGAAUACGUACAUCAUUAGUAUAUAUAUGAUCAAAGCUAAUAUAUUUGGUUAAUCAAGUGAGCUAUCUUCCGUAGAAUGCAUCUAACAUCUGUGCUGAUAAAAAUGAUGACUUUCGACAAUAGUCUCUUCAGAUCAGCCAUCAAUUGUUAAUAAUAGAUGUAUUACUUAUUAAUGUUUCUAACAUACUUAAAGUUUUAAAUAUAUACCAAAUGAGAUAAGCUCUCAUCAGAGGAUGUAUCAAACAUUCAUGCCAAAAGAUUGUGUUUCCCAACUAAAUUGUCGAGGUAAUACAUUUUUUCUUAAUAGUUGCACACAUUUUGUAACUCGAAGAUCAAAAAAACUCAAAGAGACCCAAAAUCAACCUAAAGUUAAUACUUUUUAUCUUAACAUUUACACAGCAAAAACUGGAAGGGAUUUGCAAAAUAUAUGUAUGUGCUACACAUAGCUGCAUGAAACUGUGUAUAUAUAUUAUUAUAUGGGGUGAUAUUGGGGUGUGUGUAAGAAGUAAAAAUCCAAGAGUUAAAAAGGGGAGAGAGGGAGAGAGAGAGAGAGAGAGAGAGAGAGAGAGGAGAGAGAUAAGGUUGAUGUGGUUGUCGAGAUGCUAACAGAGAGGCACAUGCAAAGCUUAAAUGAUGGUAUCACUGGUGGCCAAAGCAUCUCCUUAAAGCUGUCCUUUUUCAUCUAAGACCUCUUUUUUAAUUUCCUUUUUCUACCGCUUCUCUCUUUCUCUCUCUAUACAUACAUAUAUAUAUAUUUAAUUUAUAUAUCUGUAACUUAUAUGUACUUGGGUUUACAACUUUAUAUAUAUCAACUUGUGUAUAUGAACUUACUUACUAAUGCCGAGUUGUGCACGUAUGCAAACCUAAAAGUGUAUCAAUUAAUUAAUACUAUAUUAUAUCUCUUUUCUUGAGCUACAAAUACGUUUGAGGAUAAUAUUUCAAUAUAUAUAUAUGUUGCACAAAAAAAAAAAUAUAUAUAUAUUAUUUUAUUUUGAAAUAUUUCAAAAUAUAUGAAUUUUAAUUUAUACGCUGUAGAUAAAAUGUUUGGUUGGUUGAAGAUAGGUGGUUCCUCGCUUUAUUAUCCACAAGAAAAAGAGGAUCAUUACGAAUAUGUGCUCAAUUCCUUUUGCAUAAAGUUAUGUAAUUAAAUUUUGAAAAUUAGCUAAUACCCAGCUUAGAUGGGCUAUGUGAUGAGCAGUUUUCGUAAUAAAAAAAAGUAAUAACUGGAUCCAAAAUUUUCAAAAUGGAUCACUAACACGUUUAGGUAUGCAUCACAGUUUGUCAAACCUAUAAUUAAUUGCGUCAAACAAAAUAAUUUCGAUCUUAUGUUAGCAAAAGUAAGCUACAUAUAUCAUAUAUAUACGUCAGUGGGAAGAAAAAGCAGAUUAGUAUUUUUCCUCACGAAUAGACUAAAGCAACAAACCUAAAUUUCUAAGGAAAGAAUAUUAUUAUAAAACACCAAAGCCGACAAAAACUAGGAAAAAAAAAUUCAAUUUACCGAAAGAAAGAAUAUUAAGAAAAUACAUUAUAACAAGGAGAGAGAAAUGUGCUACAAAGGGUACAAGCCCACUAAAGUCUGAAGGCCAUCGCUCAUCUAAAAUUUAUAAUAUUAUUUUCUAAGAGGCAGUAUAUAGAUUUACAUGAUAUAGUAUUUUGAUUCCACCAAAACUAGUAUUAGUAAACAUUGAAAAUAUCUAACACAAUUUGAUGAUGCUCAUGAGCCACUUCUAUAUAAUAUAUAACGCGUGUAUGUGCGAGUACAUGGAAAUUUUAACGAGAAAAACACAUGAGCUGUCUAACAGUCAAAUCUAAAUAUGCAUUAUAAAUUUAUAACCACGAAUUUGAUAUCCAUAAUAGAGUCAACGACUCAACAUCAAUUAAGUUGGAUUUUUUCUUUGUUAAAGUUCGCUUACAUCAUAGGGUAUCCCAUUAGGUUGGUGUACCUUAUGAUAAUUCUACCACCGAAAAAAACAGAAAGCAAUAAUAAUACAUCUACGUAUUACAUAUAGAAGAAAUAAAAAGAGAAAGAAACUAGGUUUAUGUGAACCAAAUAUUCCCGAUCUUCAUUAUUUACUGCGGUAAAUUUUUGAAAAAGGGGGGAAAAGAGAGAUGUUAGGGUUAAUAUUAUUAUCAUUUAUUGAGGAAAUGGGCUCAUCUAGGGUAACAUCACCUACCCAUACAAUAUUAUCAUGCUUUUAGGGCUCUUAUUUGUCUAUCCUGGUCCCAUAACUCCCACACUCUCUCUUCCGCCACGUCAACGGAACGCUCCAAUCUCUCUCCUCCUCCGUGCCGACGCUCCCUUUCCGUUCAGCGCCACGGACGAAACGUGCUCACACGCGAAAACAAAGCGCCGUGAUAACCACUCGCCUAGGGUUUUCUUUUUCAGACCACAACAAAUGGGUUGUGAUAAGAACCGCACAUUGCGGCCACGUGGUCAUUUCUAAUUGGUUCCUUAUACCUCAUCCUACAACACAGAAACGUCUAUACGAUUUUUUUUGUUUUUUUAUUUUAAACCUAAAUAAUGUUGAGUUUCCUUAAAUAAUAAAAGGCUAAAAUCAUAUAAUAAUAUCUUGUUGUUUAAUUUUUCCGAUACUUGUUAGUCUGUUACCCUAAUGAAGCUAUUUAUAUUAAUGUUUAGAUAUUUUUCACUAAAAUUAAGAAAUAUCGCAUUCAACAAUUGACCUAUACAUAUACAAAUACGUGUCGACAAUAUGUGGAGAGGUACGUAAUCUUGUUUCGUGUAAUUGGUAAAUAAACAGACCAGAUGGUGACAUGGCAGUGCAGUGUUCCAGAGAUAUGAGUUGUUUUUUAUUUCAAAAAGAGUUAAACCAUUUAUAUCAAAUAAUAAUUAUUUUAUAUAUAUGAAAAUAAACCCUCGUUUCAAGGAUAAAAGAGCUUCAGAUUCUCUCUCUUCUUUCUCAACAGUCUCUCUCUACAAAAAAAAAGUUUUCCCCCUUUCUCUCUCUCUCCUUGGCGUCGUCUUAGGGUUUCGCGAAAUUUCGCAGUCAAAUUCUACUCUCUCCCGACGAAUCAACCCUCGAAGCUUACCUAAUCUUCUUAUCCACAAGCUUCUGAAUCGUUCGAUGCGGUUUUCUCCCCUUGCCGCUUAAGAUCGAGCUCGAAUCUCGCGUCUCUGAUUAACUCCGGUCGGAUUUUCUCCCAGCACUUGUUGUGUAGAGAGUAGAAUGGUGGAACUUAGUUAAAUCAUCACUAAGACAUAAAAAUCUUCUUGAAGCAAAAUCAAUGGGAUCCUCCAUUAAGAUCAACUCAAUAUCCAUAGAUCUUGCAGGCGCUGCUAAAGAGAUUGAUAUGGUAAAAUGUGAUCAUUUCUCCAUACGUGGAUACGUAGCUGAAACUCGUGAGAGAGAUCAUAACAAAUGUUGGCCGUUUCCGGAGGAGAGUGUUACUUUGGUGGACCAAGAAAACUAUUCUCUUCCUUCUUUAUCUGCUCCAAAGUUUAGAUGGUGGCGUUGUAUGAGCUGCAUCAGAGAUAUCAAUGCUGAUGAAACAAAAGAUUGUGGACUGCAUCCAAACUCAAAAAGUUUAAGCGGGAAAAAGCAGCUUGAUGGAAAUUCUUCGGUUAUCCUAAGUCAAAGCAAAUUGAAUUCACUAACUAUUAUUGAUCAGGAGAAAGAAAGGAGAACUGGUAUUGAAGAUAAUGCUGUUGAGAAGAAAGGAGAUGCAAACUGCAAGAGAUCUCAGAAGGAUGAUCAUAGAGCUACUAUUUUUCUUAAGAGAGGUAAUAAUCCAUCUACAGAUGCUUCUACUGUUAAGAGCAAGAGCAGAAAGCUCGCAAGCCAAGAGCAUGUAAGAAACAAGAAAGCUAAAGUAACAGAUAUUAGCAGCUGGAAAGAGAAACAUAACGUGGGUGGUCAAGCCGUGACAACUUUUGGAUCAUCUGAUAUCGCUGGUGUGGUUGAUGAUACGCCUCCUAAGGCCAUCAAGAAUCAUAACAAAGACAGUCUUGCUCUUACGGAAUGCGAUAACGGUUCAUCAGAGAGUAUAAAUCUCGCCAUGACUGGUUUGCAGCGUAGGAAAACUCGCAAGGUUCGUCGGCUUAGCGAGCUGCUUGAUCAACCCGAGACCAAAACCAGUGGUGGUAAAGAAGAGCCUUCUUCUUCGAAAAGGGGUAGAAAGAGAAAAGUGUUGCCUGAAAACAACUACGUCAGCAGGAAACUAAUCACAGUCGGUGCAACUUCUGAAAAUGAUUCCGAUCAAGAUUAUAGUACAUCAAGUGAUAGUGGGUUUGAUAGAGAUCUUAUUAAGGGCAAGCAGAAGAACAGAAGGUUCCAGGUCGUUGACGAGUUUGUACCAUCAGUACUUCCUUGUGAAACUUCACAAGAUCUUAGUAAGAGCACUGCUUUAUCAGUUCCUUGUCCUCUGAGUACUCAGAGAACAGAGAAGAAGCUCAGCUUAUCCAAGAAGAAGAAACAUAAGCCUGUUUCAGACAACGAGAAGAGUACACUGAUCAGCUUUGGUUCCCAAUAUACUAGAGAUUUGUUGAAUGAUCGUUUAGCUUCAGAAGGAUAUUUUAGAAAACCUAUCCCUCAGCUUAAUGUUAGGCCAGAGAAUGAUCAUGUGAGGUCAAGAGAUGUGGAAGAACCAAACCGUCUUGGAGAGUUUGGUUCCUCUUCCAAACCCUACACAGGUGGAUGGUUGAGAACAGGAGUGGAUGCCAACAACAAUACAGAUAAAUUGUCCUUUCAGAACUUCAAUCUAAGAGGCACCACUUCUUCUACUGGUGCUGACAGAAAGGGGAAGACAGUUAUGUUCCAAGAACAACAAGAACCACCCAAAAGCCAAAGCCAUGAUAGAACUGAAGACCAAAACGACGAUAUCCCCAUGGAGAUAGUGGAGCUCUUAGCCAAAAACCAAUACGAAAGGUGCCUUCCAGACAAAGAAGAGCCAUCACAAGAAACGUCACACAAACCCAAGAACACUCUACUGAUCGAUCUCAACGAAACUUAUGACAACGGAGCCUCGCUGGAUGACGACAACAACAUAUCAAGACCACCAAAGCCUUGUGAAACCAAUGCAAGGAGAGAGUCUCUUGACUUCUUCCCUAUAAGUCAACCCUAUGUGCCUUCUCCCUUUGGUAUCUUUCCUCCUCCUCCUCCUCAAGAUAACCGGCCUAGCUCCAUCAGGUUCUCUGGUCACACCUGCCAGUGGCUUGGUAACGUCCCAGCUAUGUCUACUCAUCCUCCCCCAUAUAGGGUACUACGUCCGUGUAACACGUGCCAAAGUGGUCCACACCAAUACAGAGAACCACCUCCUCAUCCAAUAUGGGCAACAACUUCAGUAAGACCAGUUUCUUACAACAUGGAUCCGUCGACGAAGCUUGGUAUGCUUCCACAGCCACCACCACCCAGUGAUAAGAAUACAUGGAACCUUAACUUCGUCGCCGCCGCCGCCGCCAACGGGAAGAAAAAAUGUGGGUCUAGUUCAGAACUCUCGUUUGGGUGCAAACAUGGUGGUGGAGUUAAUAAUAAUAGUAGACCGGUGGAAGCGUUCUCUAGUGAGAGCUCUAUACCUGCGUUGCAUCUACUCAGCCUUAUGGAUCCUAAGAUUGGACCAAACACUCCCUCUGACCACCAGGGAAACACUAAAGCUACUCAAAGACACUUCCCACUUGCUAGCCAGCCUAAGGGACGUGUAGAGAUACAAACAGGAGACUCUAGUAAGCAGCUACCUUAUGAUUAUUACAGCAAGAGUUUCCCCAUGGUUCCACCACUUGGUGCGUCUUCAUUCUCGUUUCAAAAGCCACAAGCUCCAUGGAUUCAUCAUCACCAAGAGAAGAAGACCAUGAGAAAAGAGCCGGUUUACAGCAGCAAUGACCAAGGGAGGUUCCAGCUACUAGGGGCGUCUGAUUCAAUGAAGCUUCCUUUGAAGUUUCACGUGAUGGGUAAAGAGAAGAAACAGAACAGGAAAGCCGAGAGCUGCGGGGAUGCCUCGGCGUGGCCUCCAAGGAACAGUUGUGGAACCAUUGUGUGCAGCGUGAGUAGAAACCCGGCUGAUUUCACGAUUCCUGAGCCUGGGAAUGUUUACAUGUUAACGGGUGAAAGUCUCAAGGUUCGAAAACGCGCAACAUACAAGAAAAAAACAAGUUUGUCUAAGCAAGACGCACUAAAGCAGACUACAGAAAAUGCCUAGAGAUAAUACAAAGUGGACGAGACAUGUGUUGGUAAGUUGCUAAGACUAUAGUUUGUUUAUAUGAAUCUUUUGUCAGAUGGUGAGAGGAAGAGGGGGUCACAAAGAGACACCGUUUCUACUGAAAUCAAGAAUAAGGCAGACACCAGUUAUUGGAUCUUUGUGCUCUGCACAUCUCUCUUCUCUUAUGUUUGUUUGUUUGUUAAGGCAUACUUCGAAACAUUCAGCCUGUGUAUAUAUUCAUAGACCUUCUCUUUCUUUGUUUUACCUUUUGUUGGAUAUACCUUCAUUGUGUUUGAUAUUUUGUAUUAGUA